UUUGUUAAAAUACCCCCACCCCCUCUCACUCUCAUCCACACUCGCGAGCAUAAAGUUCUUCAGACUUUAGUGAUGCAAUACGAAGCUUAGGGUUCCAUCAGGGUGGGUCUUUGUUUCAAAUCUUCCUGAAGAGCAAAAUGGGUUGCGAAAGUGGACGUGGUUCCUAACUAGCUAUAUUUGAAAAGGAGUUAGCAGUAAAGCAGCUGUAGCUUGUAGGGGUAGAGUCCAAUUGCAAAGGCGAUUGAAUAUCUUUUCCACCAACUGGGUUUGUACGUGGUGAUCGCACACUACUCAAAGCCUUAUACCCAUGUAUGAAGCAUUUGAGUUUUUAGGGUUUUUUAUCGUGUUCUCUUUUAUUCAUCCUAUAUAACAUUUUUUUUUUUAUUUGUGUAUUUCAAUUGCUUUUUAUGUUUUACUAGGGGCCAUCCAAGAAUUAAGUGGGACAACGUUAUCCAAUUAAUGCAAAGAAAAAAUAUGUACUUUUUUGGAAAUGAAAAACAUGAAACAAUCUUAUGUGUGAAUUGGUUGGGCCUAGGUUGGCGACUGAUUCAAAUGUGAAUGUCGACAGUUCAUGCAAUGGUUGUAAUUUAGGAAAUAUAGGUUGUUUGUGAUAAUACGAUGAAAGGAAUGCAAGGGGGUGAGAUGUUGCUGGGGUAUCAUUUUUGUCAUUUUUUGUUAUUUGGUUAGAAUGUUCUCGGCAUUGUUAGAGGAAUGUUUAUUUGUUUAAAUGAUGUUUGGAGAUAGCUUAAAUCAAUAACUAAACCCAGGUUAGCAAGUGAUCUUGCAUUGUUUUGUAGAAGAAUGUUAAGAAAGUGAAUACAAAGCCUCAAAAGCAUACUUAUAAAAAAAAUAAAGCCUCAAAAGCAUAAUUUCCCCGACACUAUCAUACUAUUCAAAUUCACAAACUAACCCAUGAUGCAGAUUUCCUACGUACAAACUGAGGAGUAGAGACUCAGCAGCACCGAGAAACAAUGUUAGCAAUAGAGAGAGCAAUUCGAAGAAUCCACACUGCUGUGGAUGCUCCACGCCUCACUAGAUUUGCUCUUCAUGCUCCUAAAUGUGUAGAGGUGGGAUUUGCUGAUGGUAGUGUGUUUAAUUUGCCAGCUGAAUUUCUAAGAGUUAACAGCCCAGCUGUUGACGGAAAGAUCAGGUCUAUUGGGGGUGAAAAGGUAAUAUCAGGAAGGCGUCAUGUGGGAAUCAUGUCGGCAGAACCUGUAGGAAACUAUGGGGUAAGGAUUGUCUUCGAUGAUUUGCAUAAAACUGGAAUAUAUCCGUGGGAUUAUUUCUAUCAUCUUGGGAGUAACAAGUUUACCCUCAUGAAAAGUUAUAUCAAAAUAUUAAAGAAGCAUGGACUCAGCCGGGAUCCGCCUAGAAGAAAAUAGUAUACAUAUGUCAGAUAAUCCUGUCUUGUUCUUCUAUUGAUGCCUCCGAGGAUCACAAAGUGAACUGACUUCUUAUCUCAAACUUGAAGAUUUCCAUUGCUUCUAUCAACCUGGAAAGCGUGGAGCCGGGUCUUGGGACAUGGUGGACACGAUUUUACUGCUUUGUAUAUCGAUCAUAAACACAGAUUGCAGACCUUAAAAAGAACGAGUUCUAGAAUUCACUGGACAUAGUUGACAACAUGAGCUAUUUUGUACCUGCAGUGAAUUGUGUAAACCAAUUGACAACAUGAUCUAUUCUUUUUUCCCCUGCAAA